AAUGCUACUCUCCGCCCUCCCGGGCUCCUUUGCCCUCGGCGCCUCGUUUGCAUGCUCGGCAGCCUUUGCCCUCCGCUCAACCGAAUCAUUCCUUGUCAAUGAGUACGCGACGUAUACGCUGCUGUUUCAGUCGAUGUUGAUGCUGCCGUGCAUGGCGUACUUGUCCGCUGCUUUUCCUGAUUGGUCGCUCUUCUUCCUCACUUCGGGAACAGGCCCCCUCUCUCCGCUCUGGCUGGCGCUGUUGCUGGUCGGCAUGGUCCUCUCAUCGCUUGCAGGCUUUGCAAGAGUCUGGUUCCGCAUGCGCGACUCGAGGAACUGGUUCCAGCUCAUCGCCAUCCACGAUGAGUGGAUCCUGGCCUACGUCGUCACCUUUGCUCUUGUCGGCCUCUCGCACACCCGCAUUCUCUUUGCCGGCUCAUCGGAGCAGUUCUGGGCCGGCGAAGAGGCCGGCUUUGCACUCUGGUUCUCCUCGCCGCAGUUCUACACCCUCCUGGGCAUGGCGCUUCUGAUGGCGCCUGCUGUCAUCUAUCCGCUCCUGGUCUGGCCGGCCCACAAUGGCGACCACGUCCCGCACACGUACUCGAUUGCCGUCAUCCGCCGCGUGGCCCGGACCGGCGGCUGGGCCCUCCUCACCUGCAUCCUGGUCUAUGUCCUCGGCGCCCUAGUCUACGCCUCGGCCCGUCCCCACUUUACCCUUACCACUCCGCAGCUCUGGUCGCCGCUCGUCGGCCUCCUGGUGGCCGAAGUCGUCGGCCUCUUUGGCGUCACCGUCCUCACCAUCUUUCCGCUCUCUUGCCGCAAGUUUGUCCACUUUGACUAACCUCUACUCGCCAGCGGUGCGCGGCCGAUGCCGGAGCCAGGCGCCAAACUCUUCGAUGCCUGCGAGCUGGACGUGCGCCAGUGGCGACGGCUCGACUGCGACCGUCACGCACCCUGCGGCCUCGCCGGCGAGCAUGUCGUACCGCGUAUCGCCGACCAUCAGACACUCGGAAGUGUCCAGCCCGAGCUGCGCCGCGGCAUAGUCGAGCAUGUCGGUGUGCGGCUUACCACGGAGCUUGCGCGCUCCACUCGCGCGCGGGCUCAGCAUUUGAGUCGCCGGCACAGCCUCGGCGCCCGAGCACGCCACCACACUGAACGUCGACUCGAGCUUGGCUGCCUGCAGGAUGAGCUGGGUAAUAGCUGCCGGGCAGUUGGUGACGAGCCCGACCCGCGAGCCAAACAGCGCCACUGCGGCGUCGACCGCCUCCAACGCCCCAUCCAGCACCUGAAGCUGGUCGAGGUACUCGCCGUAGUGCGCAUUGCAGUAGGCGGUCACGGCGGAGACAUCGGCCCCCGGCAUAAACACCUCGACGUUCUUC